AUGGCAUUGGAAGACAAUGGUUCUGAUGACUACACACAGGACGGGACUGUGGAUCUCAAAGGGAACCCUGUCCGCAGAUCCAAACGAGGUGGAUGGACUGCUUGUUCUUUUGUUGUUGUAUAUGAGGUUUUUGAACGGAUGGCUUUUCAUGGCAUAUCAUCAAAUUUGGUGCUUUAUCUCACCAAGAAGCUCCACCAGGGCACAGUCACGUCAGCCAAUAAUGUCACCAACUGGGUUGGGACUGUUUGGAUGACUCCAAUCUUGGGUGCAUACGUAGCAGACGCCCAUUUAGGACGGUAUUGGACCUUUGUCAUCGCCUCCGCAAUCUAUUUUGUGGGAAUGUCAGUUCUAACACUAUCAGUUUCAAUCCCUGGACUAAAGCCCCCUCACUGUGUGGAUCCAAAUGUAGAGAAUUGCAAGAAGGCAUCCACAAUACAAUUAGCUGUGUUUUAUGGUGCCCUCUACACACUGGCUGUGGGUACGGGCGGGACGAAGCCAAACAUCUCGACCAUCGGAGCCGACCAAUUCGACGAUUUCGAACUGAAGGAGAAAGUUCACAAGUUCUCCUUCUUCAACUGGUGGGUGUUCAGCAUCUUCUUUGGGACACUCUUUGCCAACACAAUUCUUGUCUACAUACAAGACAAUGUGGGCUGGACCCUGGGUUACGGGCUUCCCACUGUGGGCCUUGCAAUAUCAAUACUGAUCUUCUUGGCGGGCACGCCAUUUUAUCGACACAAGGUGCCCACUGGGAGUCCCUUCACAAGGAUGGCUAGGGUUCUAGUGGCUGCCGUAAGGAAGUGGAGGCUACCCCUUCCUGCUGACCCUAAAGAACUCUAUGAGCUUGAUUUUGAAGAAUACACCAAGAAGGGAAAGUUUAGGAUUGACUCCACACCCACCUUAAGGUUCCUCAACAAAGCUUGUGUUAAAACAGGAUCAACCAAUCCAUGGAUGUUGUGUUCAGUAACUCAAGUCGAAGAAACCAAGCAAAUGUUGCGAAUGAUACCAAUCUGGGUGGCCACAUUUGUUCCGAGCACAAUGAUUGCUCAAGUUAGUACCCUUUUUGUCAAGCAAGGGACCCUUCUCAACCGAAACAUCGGUAGCUUCAAAAUUCCUCCGGCAAGUUUAUCCGCGUUUGUAACGAUCUCCAUGCUCGUCUGCAUCGUGUCAUAUGACCGAGUCUUUGUUCCAAUCAUGAGGAAAUUGACCAAGAACCCUAGAGGCAUCACUCUCCUCCAAAGAAUGGGAGUUGGUAUUGUCCUCCACAUUACUAUCAUGACAGUUGCUUCAUUAACGGAGAUGCAUAGGCUUAAUGUGGCCAAGGACCAUGGUGUAGUCGAAAAUGGAAAGCCGGUACCUCUAUCAAUUUUCAUUUUACUUCCUCAAUUUGUGCUUAUGGGCAGUGCGGACGCAUUUCUAGAGGUCGCGAAGAUUGAGUUUUUUUAUGAUCAAGCACCCGAGAACAUGAAGAGUCUCGGAACUUCUUAUGCCAUGACUAGUCUUGGAAUUGGGAGUUUUAUUAGCAGUUUCGUUCUUUCAACAGUUUCCCGUGUCACCAAGAGGCAUGGCCACCAUGGAUGGAUUUUGAACAACCUCAAUGCUUCUCAUCUCGACUACUAUUAUGCAUUUUUCGCGAUACUCAACUUCUUGAAUUUGAUUUUCUUCAUAGUAAUGGCCAAGUUCUAUGUGUAUAAGGCCGAAGUCUCGGAUUCAAUGGUGAUACUUAGAGAAUCACUGGGAGGAACAACAAAUAGAAUAGUUGACCAAGAAGCAAUAAGAACGGAG